CCGGUACGUAAAGUGUGGGGUAGGCAAUCGUUUUGCCCACUGUCUUCCGAAGGUAGGAGGGGCAGUUGCGUCGCCGUGACAAAGCCCGAAGAGAGCUCUAAGCCUGCCCACCCGAGCCUCCAAGAGUCAAAAAGGCUCGACGUGCCCACUUAGGUUGUGCCACUUCCCGGCCCUCUGGCUAGUUUAGUUUCGUCCGACCUCUGGGUCCCGGCCCGUGUCCAAGACAUUAUCUCAUUAAUCAUUUAUUGGUCGCCCUCGCCGCGCACACACCGCCUCCUCGUCAAUCCCUCGUCGACCCCUUGUCGACAAGCUCCGGAAACCUUCAAAUAAAACACACUCCCACUAGCUCGCCCAUGGGUGAAUACCUCCCAAGCCUCCAAUUGGAAUCCCCGCGGGACCCGGCAAUGGACAGGAUUACGGACAAGGUGGCGGCCCUGCCCGCCGACGCGAGCUUCGUGUCUCUCGAGUUCUUCCCUCCGAAGACGGCCAUGGGCUUUUCCAACCUCCGCGACCGCCUCGACCGCAUGUCGCGCGCCCUUCGCCCGCUCUUCGUCAACGUCACCUGGGGCGCCGGCGGCUCCACGGCCCAGAAAUCCCUCGAGCUCGCCGAAAUCUGCCAGCGCGAGCUGGGCCUCACCACCUGCCUCCACCUCACGUGCACCAAUAUGAGCCGCAAUCUCAUAGAUAAGGCCUUAGACGAUGCCAAGGCUCUAGGCGUCCGGAAUAUCCUCGCCCUCAGAGGCGAUCCCCCGAGGCGGGCUGAGUACCGCGAUGCCAACGACCCAGACCCGGGCGACGACGACGACGAGUUUGUGUGGGCUGUCGACCUGGUGCACUACAUAAAGAAACACCACGGGGACUAUUUCUGCAUUGGUGUUGCUGGCUACCCCGAGGGCCAUGCCGACGAGAGCCACCCCUUGGGCCAGAACCUGGAGCGCGACUUUCCCUGGCUCGUCGAAAAGACGCAGGCGGGCGCCGAUUUCAUCAUGACGCAGCUGUUCUUUGACGUUGCCGCCUAUGACGCGUUUGAGAAGACUCUCAGAGAACAUCCCAGCGGCGUUUUUAAAGACAUACUCAUCAUCCCUGGCCUCAUGCCCAUCCAGGGCUACCAGAUGAUAAAAAGAACGGCCAAGCUCAGUCACGCAAAGGUCCCCGAGCCGUUGAUGGCCCGCUUGGACGCAGUCAAGGGAGACGACGAGAGGGUCAAGGCGGUUGGAGUGGACAUUCUCAGCGAGCUGGUCGAACAGGUCAAGGAGGUGAAGAGCAGGACGCCCGGGCCGCAGGGUUUCCAUUUCUAUACGCUCAACCUAGAGAAGGCCGUAUCCUUCAUCGUGGAACGUACAGGGUUGAUACCCCCCAGCACCCCCGAGGAGGAAGAAACGCUAGAAAUAGGAAACCCCAUACCCGAGAUCGCUGUUAUGCACGUCAACGGUUCCACGCCCGACGACUCGUUUCAUGAAAUAACGAAGCGGAAGUCUUCCGUUGCCUCAGACCCCCGAAACCGGGUCAUUGUCUUAGGACGGCCCGCCUCAUACCCCGACUACGAAGCGACAGCUUUCGAGGCUAGCAUUCCAGCAGAGCCGGUAAAUACUAGAGCUAACACACUAGCCAUCUCGGAGGGCGAGGGUGUGUUGGGCCGCGAGGCGACUUGGGACGAUUUUCCCAAUGGUAGGUGGGGAGACGCUAGAUCUCCUGCCUAUGGCCAGAUUGACGGCUACGGCGUGAGCUUGCAUGUCACCGUGGCACAAGCUCUUCAGCUGUGGGGUACGCCAAAGGUCAGCGAAGACAUCAAUCGCAUAUUUAUCCGCCACCUCAAGGGGGAACUGUCGGCGAUCCCAUGGAGCGAGGAGGGAUUCAACGCCGAGACCGAUGCCAUCAGGGAGACUCUGAUUAGGCUCAACUCCAAAGGCUGGUGGAGUCUGGCCUCGCAACCGACGGUUAACGGACUCCGAUCUAACGAUCCGACUUUCGGCUGGGGCCCGCAGAACGGAUUCGUUUUCCAGAAGGCCUUUGUCGAGUUCUUCCUGCCGUCGGCCGACUGGAAGGUCCUUGAGGCGAAGCUCACGCGGCCCGAGAUGAAGGACACGAUAUGUUUCUACGCCACAAACGUGGCCGGCGACUUUGUCAGCUCCGACUCUAACCAGCCGACGGUGAACUCGGAGGGAAGGCCGCACGUCCGCGAGGCUAGCACCAAUGCCGUGACAUGGGGUGUCUUCCCCGGCAAGGAGAUUGUCACCCCCACCAUUAUUGAGGAGGUCAGCUUCCGCGCGUGGAGCGAGGAGGCGUUUGGCAUCUGGGGAGAAUGGGCAAAGGUCUACGGCAAGGGCUCCGACAGCGAGAAGCUGCUGGAGAGCGUCCGCCGCGACGCGUGGCUGGUGAAUAUUAUCCACCACGACUUUGUCGACGGGGAAGCCCUGUGGGAUCUGUUGCUCAAAUAGACUGGGCGGGGUUUUGCAGUGAGGACUAUUCAUCUAGCGACUCGUGAUUUCCUGCAAAUAUAGGAAGCAUAGCAAGGGGGG